AUGGAAGUUAAAAAAGCUUGUAGCGUUCUUUUCUUCUGUCAGCUCUGCGUCCCUGUUGGAUUAUCGUACCUCCUGGACGACCUUGUUACCUCGGUAUUCCAGACUUACAAGAAGGAGGUGCGGCCGUACUGUGAUGACACACAGAAUAAAUCUGUAGUGGUCACUAUAGACCUGGGGGUCCGACAGCUUGUGGAUCUGAAUGAACCCAAACAGACCAUUGAUGUGACGGCCUGGAUGAGGGUGGACUGGAUUGACUGUAGAUUAAGAUGGAAUAAGUCCCACUAUAACGGAAUCGACAGGCUUGCUGUACCACAGGACAAAAUUUGGAUCCCUGAUCUUACACUUUAUGACACAACUGAUGUGAAGGGACUCCCGGGGAUGAAGGAUUAUCGAGCCAUCGUGCACAGUGAUGGCCGAGUACAAUAUCAGUUUCCCUCCAGUGUCCGGACGUCUUGUGCCAUCGACGUUUAUCACUUUCCGUUUGAUACCCAGGAAUGUCGUCUUGUGUUUGGGUCGUGGAUCUACACUGGGGCAGAGGUGCACAUCGUCAACAAGAGUUCGACCCUAGAUAUGUCUAGUUACGUCAACAACACGGAAUGGGACGUCACGAGAGCGGACGCCACCAGUGUCGUCACGUACUACAGUGACGUUUCCUACCCAACAAUGGAGUGUAUAUUGGGAUUGCGGAGAAAACCUUUAUUUUACGUCAUGAACCUGCUAUUUCCGUGCUUUUUGGUGUCCUUUACGGCUGGUCUUGGUUUUAUCCUGCCCCCUGAGGCUGGGGAGAAGGUCAAUCUGGAGAUCACUGUCCUUCUGUCCCUGGCUGUUUUUCAGCUGGUCAUCGUAAACAUGAUUCCCGCGUCUGGAGAAAACCCUCCUUUAUUAGCAAUUUACUUCCUUGUUUCGAUGAUCUUGGUUGGUUUGUCCUGUCUGAUGACUGUACUGGUUCUCAACAUACAUUACAAGAACAGCGGUCACGUGUCCUCAAGAGUCAGGAAAUACGUCAUCAAGCCACUGCAGACGAUAGCUUGUGUGUAUGCACAAUAUGACCACGACAAAAAUGAUAAUUUGUACAUCGAACGUUAUAAAAGAAAAGGAAACAUUUUCCAUUUUCCUCACCAAGAAGAAAGUAAGCAUCGUCAAUAUAUUGACAAUGAAAGCCAAAAACAACAGAAACCGCUCAUUGUGGGGUUUGAGGGACAAUUACUAGAAAUAUUGAGGGAGAUUAAAGAAUGUAGUGCCUCAAUCCUGGCCAACCAGGAGAGGGAACCAAACAGUGUUGACUGGUCCUCAGUUGCCGUGGCCUUAGACAGGGUUUUCUUCGUAAUAUACCUGUUGUUCAGUAUUGUUGUGUCUUUUUCCAUCAUGUUAGAGGCAGCAUUGGGAAAAUAAAUGAUGUCGACUGUGCAAUAAUCAUACUGGAAAUUUUGAGAGAGAAUUAAGAGAGAAAAUGCGCCACAAAAAGAGAGUUUUCAUUGCAUCAUAGGAUAACCAGUACCUUAAUAAUGUGAACAAUGGUGAAU